AAUUACUUCUUUCUCUGUACUAAGCAACCAUUGACAUUUAUCCACACUGGAAGUUAUCUUUGAGAGUCUUGAGACUUCUUGGGUGUCCGUUUACUCUAAACAUCUGAUAGUCUCCAGGAAGAACUUUAACACCAUUGGAUGGAUCCCCAAAUCUGCUCAUCUUAAUUUUGCCUUUGAUAUACAGUCAUCCUUAUCCUUUCAGUACUGUCUUCCAGACUCUGUGCUCAUGUAUCUUCAGGUGCUUCAUUUUCUCCCAUAAUUCCCCACCCAAUUCAAUAUUUCUUGUUACUACAAAGUAACUAAGACCAUCUGGAUCCAUCUUCCAAAUGUAUAAACUCACCUAUGAAACACAGAGUUCUGCUGAAGAGAAGAAGUGGAUCUUCAGAUUGACAAGCCUCAUUUGCAGCUUUAUGGUCUGGGGUUUUGAGAUAAGCCUAGCUACCAGUAGAUACUGGCGCCUGUGGGAAUUCAACAGCAAGGUUAUAAACCGGAUGUACCUUGGAUUGUGGGAAGCAUAUUAUUAUCAAGAAGUCAACAAAUCAGGUUCAAUAACCAGGAUGCCAAUGCACAGUGCUAUGAACUCCAACUGGACCAUUCCAAUAGAAAUUGAGUAUGCACGGGGCCUGAUCACAAUGGCUAAUUUCAUACAGCCCGUAGUCCUUCUUUUCAGCUCAGUGGCCAUUAUGGUCUGGCAGAUCAGGGCCCCAUACCCUGAUUUCGUGGUCCUGUGCUACAACACUUCUGUCUUUUGUAUGAGUCUCAACAUCAUUUGCACAGUUUUGGCUGUGAGUGGGAAUUAUGUAGUGGACAUUUAUGGUAAAAGCACCCUUGACUUCCCAGCAAUGUUUCCCAUUAGAAAACAUGAUCUGGUAAGGAAGCGGAAAACCCACGUGUUCCCACUUGGGAUGCUGACAGCUGUGCUUUCACUCAUCAGCAUUCUUGGGUUGUUGUAUGAGAUAUGGUUACUGAAACCAAAGACCAGAGGUAAGCCCUGAUUGCCUCAAUGAUAGCCUGAGCUGAGGGCUCCUGUAUCAGCAACAUCUGCCAGAAGACUCCUCAAGAUAUUCCAUAAGUGCACGUAAACUUCAUCUACUCAUUUAAAAUAAAGCAUUCACUUGAUUUCCGUGGGUGUGUCACCUGCUUAUGGCCUCCUCUACUCUACAAAUGCACUCCCGUCUUUGAAGAUCUUCAUUUCUGGAAAUCUAUAGGCCAAGAUCAUACAAACAGAUACUUCUGACAAACAAAGGCAGGAAAGAGUGCACCUAGAAUCCAAGUUGCAUAGAUGUACAUGACCAACUCCAGACCUUAAAGAAGGUUCUUUAAUAAGCUCACAUCUACAAACAGGAAAGCAAUCAUAUCUCCACUGUGGGUCCUUAGCAUUAACACAGCCUUGGAGGUUGGAACAAGACCGCUGAGCUUUGGCACCAAUGACUGUGUUGGGAUUUGGGCGAUCAGGAGUCCAUGAUGUGCAAUGGAGCAAAAUUAGUAGCAUCCAUGGGCACUGCCCACUAGGAAGCACUAGCUCUUUCUAUUUACCCCCCCAUUGUGAAGAACUCAGCAAUGCACAUACGUUGCCAAAUAGCCUCUCACAUAGUGCAUCCCUCUAUUGAGAACCAUUGAGCUGGACCCAAACUUUUCCCACAUGGAUGGAAGCUAUGCUGUGGUAAGAGGAGUCUGAGGAAAACUGGUAGGCAAAUAAAACCACACAAGAUCCUCUUGUUCCACAUUGUA